AUGGCCACCAACGGCGCCACGCCAGACAUCAUCCUCUACACCAACCACGGGUGUCCCUGGGCGCACCGGGCUCAUGUGGCGUUGAAGGAGCUCGGACUCCCCUACAAGGAGGAGAUUAUUGAUCUGGACAGGCCGCGGGAUCCGUGGUAUUUGAAGGUGAACCCGCGUGGCCUCGUCCCCAGCAUCAACUACAACGGAAACAUCAUCACGGAAUCGGCCGUGGUCGCGCAGUUCCUGGCCGACGCCCAUCCAUCCCACUUGCUGCCGCGCACCGCGUCCGUCGACGACGCCCUGUACCGCGCCCGCGUGGCCUUCUUCGUCGACACCUUCGUCUCCAAGGCUCUGCCGCUGAUCUUUGCCGGCUGGCGCGCGCAGACCGACGCCGAGAAGGACACCGCCGCGCAGGACCUGGUCGCCGUUCUCGUCAAGGAGGUCGAACCCCUCAUCGACUGGGCCGGGCAGGGAAAGGGCCCUUACUUCGGCGGCAGUGACAAGUUGACGCUCGCCGAGGUCGACACCGCGCCGUUCCUGCUUCGUCUCCUCGGCUUCACCAAGCCCGAGUACGGCAUCCUGAGCCCGAAACUCGACGCCCUGCUCGACGAGAAGACGCCCAAGUUUAAGGCUUGGGCUGCCAAGGUGGUGCAGGAGCCGAGCGUCACGUACAUUUGGAACGAGAAGGCCGUUGCCGAGCGGACCAAGGCUCGGUUCGCGAAGCUGGCCGCCGAGAAGAAGCUCUAG